AUGUCUCACCGGGACCAACUGCGCGCGCCAUACCAGAGAACCUUCCAAAAGGAGUGUUGGGACUUUGUAAAAAAGGCAGAGGCUACGGCUAAUCACGCCAGGAAAUACCCAAACAACCAUGAAUUCGAGCCUAACAGUGCGGUUUACAAUGGGCUUUUCUCAGACAGCGCAGCUACUGGUUUAUCCGGGAUCUUGCAGAUCAGACGGAGUUUGAAGACGAAUGCGAUGCUAUAG